AUGUUUGGCAGCCAGGAGGCACCAGCGGCCAUCUUUGCUGGCCAGGUGGCCCUGGCGGCCAUCUUUAAUGGCCUGGUGGUGGCUGGCGGCCAUCUUUGCCGCCCCUCCACCGACCAUUUUCCUGCACGUGGCCUUGUUCGCCGGGCGGUGGCGAGCAAAGCGGGCUCCGGCGUCGGGCGCCGCCUCCGAGGGGCCCCAGAUUUUAACACUAAGAGACAAAAAUGUAACGUUCAGACAGCUGAGCCCAGAUGGGACGGAUCUGUAGUGAUGUUCCACCAGGAUGAAGAGCAGAAACCCCAAACCUGGACAGAACCAGCUCCUGGGUCUGUGUCCAAGUCCUCUGACGACUCCCGGCAUUUGCCCUACUUGGUGGUGGAUGAUGGCAACAAGCAUAAUGACCUCACCGCAGCACACGGUCAUUGGCCUGCAGACCUUCAGCGUGUGGACCAAUCACAGGCCGCUCUGGUGAUGUAUAGCCUCCAGCGGCGGCUCCGAUUGGCUGAGGAGGCGGGACUAAGAGGACGACCGGCCACCGUGCCCUAUUUUACCCGGCGGACGGAUCGGAGGAACGGCCCCGGGGGCUCCGCUUUAGCUCCGGUGAGUUUGGCUGCUGCCUCCGGACCCGCUCCCGCAGCGCUGCGGUGGGGCUCGCUGCUCCGUGGCCGAGCCGCUAACGCCGCCCGUGUUUACCGUGGCCCGCCGGCGGUGUCAGCGGCUCCUCCGGUCGGGGUCGGUCCGCGACGUCCGGCCGACCGACCGACCGACCGAGAGGGGCGGAAGGCGAGGGGAAAAAAGGGGAGCGGUGCGGCCAACCGCCGAGAGCCCGAAACUUUUCCACUAGAAAAUAAACCCAACGCCAUAACCGCGGCUGGACUUCCCUCAAUCUGUUUUUCUCUCGACGUGUGGAGCUCGCGACAGCUCGUCACGAGCCGUCGCUCCUCUUCAUCCCCGUGCAGACACAUUUCUUCCUCUUUUCCGUGCCCGGCCGUGGCUUUGCGUGACGGCCGGGUGGACGUGAGGCUCCUCCGCGGGCCUUCGUCUGCGACUAGUUUGUGGCAGCUUAUUGACACUUUCCCCCCUCGGCUUGUUUGCGGUCGUGGAAACCGGCCAGGGGACCACGGGCCCCGGGAAGGUUGGGGUGGUUGUCAGUCGUCGGCGUGCACGGUAAACCCGGUUAUUUCCCGGUUCCGCCUCGGAGAAAGGAUCUCCAAGCGGCCUUGCGUGCGCGCCCGCGGCCUGGUGGCUCCACAGCACGGCCUGCGGUGUCGUGGAGUAAAACUGGUAGUAAUCGUUGUACUACGAGGGCUCGACACGGCACCAUCCGGCUAA